GAUAACCCUAUAUUUUGCAAGAGGAAACCAGACCGAAUUUUCACUGAUUGUGAGGUUAUGAAAUGGGGAGUUCAUCUUCUAGAAACACUGAAGCUUCUAAAAGACGUUAUCUCAUAGGUACUUUGGACAGAAAAUCUCCAGUAGAACAAAAGUUUUAUGGCCUUUGUCAGCUAUUGAAUUUAAAUGUGGUCUGUCAAAACAAGGAGACAAAUGAAAACGGCAACAGAGGUACCCUCUCCUCCCGACAAAGUGUCAGUGUGGAGUUUUGUAGUGAUGGAUGUAAACUCUUUAAACCUUUGUUCCUCAGUAAACCUCUGUACUUCUAUGAAACAUUCGUUAGUUGGAGAGCACAUUAUGAUGUUGAACAACUACAGAUGAGGCUAAUGCGGAAAAAAGAAAGCAUGUGUUUGGUACCAAUAGGGAGUUUCCCAUCCUUUGUCAUGGAUUUCAAGCUUACAAUAGGUGAUAAAUCAUGCUCACUAUUUGAUAUUUUACAAAUGUUUCUCGAGAUAUUUUACCAAGGAAUGCCAGUUGUUUGGUUAAAUUCUGUUGAUCCUGAAAAAGAAAACUGGAAUAUAACUACGAGGAACCAUAAAGUUACAGGGAAGAAACAGUGCCUUACGUCGGAUUUUUAUCCCCGACUCAAGAAAUGGAAGCCAAGAAAUUGUUACUGCAUCAUGGGGUUAACAUGGACAGAUCUUUAUCCAACUGAAAACUUGAAUUUUGUUCUGGGUGAAGCUUCUAAAAGACACAGAUCAGGUGUUUUCAGUUUUGGAAGAUUUGAACCAAAAUCAUAUGAUAAAGAAAAUACUAGAGACAUUGAAGAAAUUGAUGUGCACAUCUUAUGGAAAUUAUUAAAGGUAUCAAGCCAUGAAUUAGGGCAUCUGUUUGGAAUUUCACAUUGUGACUUUUUCCUUUGUGGAAUGAAUGGCAGUUCAUCAGUGGAGGAAGCCAUGUCACAACCUCUCUUCUUCUGCCCGGUGUGCAUUAGAAAACUCCAGCAUGCUUGUAAAUUUGACAUUGUUCAGCGGUACAGAAGCCUCAGACAAUUCUUUCAUGACUUGAACAAGGCAAUGCCUUGUGAAAACUUUGAGCAUAAUGUAGAAUGGUUGGAGAGCUGUUUAACAUUUUUGUUAGAGGACUCCUAAGAAAACAUUUAAAAUAUUAAUGUAAUUUAUAAAAUACCAGUGACAUCAUACAUUGUAUGUUAGAUCAUACAUGAUGUUUCUGACAUUUUUUCUAAAGUUAUAUUUUCAUCUUCUCUAUAUAAAGAGUUCUUGUUUGAUUUCCGAAGUAGGUUUAAAUUUUAUAGUGUAGUAAUAUUACCAUACUUUGUAUGUCAGCCUGGUUUCAUCUUUUCUAGCCCAGUAGUUCAUAAGGUAGCUCAUUACACCAAUAAUUAUACUUUUUAUGACACACAUCACAAGAUGGCAAUUCAAAUGUUUUGUCAAAUUAUUUGUAUCAGUCACUUUGUUUGUCUAUCAUGGUAGUUCAGUGGAUAAAGUGUCUGGUCAUUGACCCACAAAUCCAAGUUCAAAUCCACCAGUCUUUUGUUCAUAUUUUUUUGAAAAUCGUAUUUUCUAUCCAAAAUUGCAUAUGUUUUGCCUUUUUGGCAUGUAUCACAUCUUUCAUAAUUAACCAUUUCGUAUUUAUCUGAAAAAAUGUUUCAAACCUAGUUUUGCAUUUUCUUAGUUAUCUCCCUUUUGAAGUGAACAUGACCCUUCAUGUAAAGAAAUUUUAAUCCCCUUUACCUAGUAUUGCUCUAUGCCAAAUUUGGUUGAAAUGGCCUAAUGAUUCUAGAGAAGAAGUCAAAAACGGGGGGGGGGGGGGGGGGGGACGGGUGAUCAGAAGAAAAAAACAACUCGCUUGAUCUUAUAGCUCUGUGAGCUAAAGAAAGAGAGAGGGAAGAAAAAGAAAACAUUCGAUUAGACCAAGAAGUAAAAAAAAAAUAUAGCGUUAUAUAGAUUCUUUCUUUUAUUCUGUAUUGAAAUAAACAUUCUGAUAAUGCA